AUGGGCCUGGUCGGCCUGGCUUCUCCAGGCUGCUUUUUUCUGUCCGCAGCUCUGCCUUCCAAGGUUUCUGCCUGGCCCUGGGAGGAGAAGCCCAGAUAUCUGGGACCAGUGACUUUCAAGGAUGUGGCUGUGGUUUUCACUGAGGCAGAGUGGAAGAGGCUGAGCCUUGAGCAGAGGAACCUGUACAAAGAAAUGAUGCUGGAAAAUCUUAGGAAUCUGGUCUCAUUGGAAUCAAAGCCAGAAGUCCAUACCUGUCCCUCUUGUCCCGUGGUCUUUGGCAGUCAGCAAUUCCUUAGCCAAGAUGAGCUACACAAUCAUCCUAUUCCAGGAUUUUAUGCAGGAAAUCCCCACCCAGGAAAUCCCUGCCAGGAGGAUCAGCCACAGGCACAUUGUUCUGCUAAAAAUCACAGGGGAGCUGAAGCAAAAGAUCAACGAGUGGAAGGAGGUGUUAGACCCUUGUUUUGGAUCUGGGAGUUGGGGACCCCUGUUGCAGGGUUUAAGUGA